AUGCAAAGUGGGUAUGAGUACAAACCUGCACUGCAGGCCUACACAAAUGUUUGGAAACCUCAUGGUGAUUGCCCAUUUAGGAUAGCUAGGCUCAGCAGGGCAGAAGGACAGUCUGUGUGUGUCCGCCGGAGAGAGAACGACUCGAGGAGAAAGUCGGAAGAUUUCGUGGAUAAAUCUGAAACGGAUACUACUCUGCAUGUCCAUAGUACAGCGCUUCAGUGUACUGGUGGGACUGCAGUUGUUCUCAGUGUAGUAUGCUUUCCCUUCGUCUCGCCAGCCUUACGUCGGUUUUGUCUUCCAUAUGUGCCAGCAACAGCAACACAAAUAGAAAAUGUUAUGUGUGCUCUGGCUGGACGGUCUGGAAGACUUGUUGAUUUAGGCAGUGGAGAUGGGCGGAUUGUUCUUACUGCCGCAAAGGCUGGUUAUAUUGCUGAUGGUGUGGAACUCAAUCCAUGGCUUAUAGCGUACUCUAGGCUCAGAGCUUUCCAGCUAGGUCUCAGUGGUCAUUCCAGGUUCUACUGUCAGGAUCUGUGGAAGUUCCAACUGCAUCCUUAUCCAAACAUUAUAAUAUUCGGUGUACAGGAGAUGAUGCCAAAACUUGAAGAAAAACUUACAAAUGAGCUACGUAAUGAUGUUCAUGUGGUAGCAUGUAGAUUCCCUUUUCCAACAUGGACACCUGAUGCUACUCUUGGUACGGGGCUUGACACUGUCUGGUUGUACAAGAAUCCUCCGAGAAUAAACGUCAAGUCUGCAAGAUGUCCAGAAAUUUGAACACUUGAAGUUAACAGGCUAUCAUCGAGAAACUGAACUUGUAUCUCUCAGGUAGGCAUUAGGUCUAUGAACAGUCUUACUUGUAAGUCUAAGCAAAUGCUGGUCAGAGGUAGAGCCUCAUCCAGGAACCAAUUGUGUAAUUACAUCCUAGUUGUUUGUGGCUGUCAGACAUCUCAGAGGCAGAUGGGGUGUGAAGUAUAAGUGGAAUGAAAAGGGUAGAGAAACAAAGAGGCGCUUGGAAAAACAUCUACACCAGUUUAACUGUCCACUGUAAAACCUAAGAAUUAUUGAUUACUUGUCUGUGGCAGAGAGAUUUGUUCUUCUUGUAUUAAAACCUCUGCUUAGAAGUGCUA